AUGAACGCUCGUAAAAAAAUUCAGUUGUCAUUUUUCAUGCGCGAUGAAGUUGAACCGCGGAACAGGUCGGGUGUAAAUGCGCUCCAAUAUGACACAGCUAAUGGACGCCUUUUUACUGCCGGCCGCGACUCCGUGAUAAGAGUUUGGAAUACAAAUAAACCCAAGGACCCAUUAAUGCAGUGUAUGGAGCAUCAUGCAGACUGGGUGAACGAUAUCAUUUUAUGUUGCGAUGGAAAAAAUUUGAUUUCGGCUUCUAAUGAUACAACGGUCAAGGUGUGGAAUGCUACGAAGGGAUUUUGCAUGUCCACCCUGCGAACACACAAAGAUUAUGUUCGAGUUCUGGCUUACGCUCGUCAUCGCGAAGAAGUGGCGAGCGCCGGGUUAGACCGUGCAAUAUUUCUCUGGGAUGUACGUACGCUAACAGCUUUGACGCCAACAAACAAUACAGUCACAAGUGAGUCGACUGUCCGACUAUUUGGACUAUUUGGUAUACGAUAUUUUCAUUGUUUUACUCGUUCCUUCAUACCUCCUACCUCCCAUCAUGCCCUUAAUUUUAACCACUAUUCUUUUACCGAUACCCACUUUUCAGGAUGGGAGGGGCGCUAA